ACAACCUGAACAUUCGAAAUGGACAGUGACUGCUAUAAACUCUGUGAAAAGUUGAUACCUGACACAUAUGUACAACAAGGACAACAAGCCAGACAGGUCCACCAGAACAAGAUCAGACAUCUCCUGGAGCAGAAGAAGCUGCCUGAGGAGGGCUGGAGUGACCUUACCAUUGAAAUCCUACUUCAGGAAUUCUCUGUUAUGGACAGCAAUAAUUUUCCUGGAAAUUGUGGUGUGGGAGAAAGAGAAGCCAGAGUUUUUUCUCCUUUAGUACUAAAGCGACAUUACAAUUUUGGACAUGGAAUAGGUCGUUCUGGAGAAAUAACUGCCAUACAACCAAAAGCUGCAGGGUCUAGUUUAAUGAUGAAAUUAACAAAUUCUCUGGCUCUUGACCUCAUCAAACUCUGUGGUAUUCCUUCUGUAAAGAGCUGUUUUGUGGUCCCCAUGGCAACAGGAAUGAGUAUGGUCCUUUCAAUGUUGACCUUUAAACAAAGUCGACCUGACGCCAAAUUUGUUAUAUGGCCACGUAUUGACCAGAAAUCUUGUAUAAAAUCCAUCAUUACCGCAGGUCUCACUCCUGUGGUGGUGGAGAACAAACUGGAGGGGGAUGAGUUGAGGACAGAUGUACAAGCAGUCAGAGACAAGGUAGCAGAGCUGGGAGCAACCAAUAUCCUUUGUAUCUUUACUACAACCAGUUGUUUUGCACCAAGAGCCCCAGACAGGCUUGAGGAAAUAGGAGAGAUUUGUAAAGUCAGUGACAUUCCACAUCUUGUCAACAAUGCUUAUGGUCUACAAUGUACCAAGUGCACACACCUCUUACAGCAGGCAGCAAGGACAGGAAGGGUGGACGUGUUUGUACAAAGUACAGACAAAAACUUCAUGGUGCCUGUUGGAGGAUCCAUCAUUGCUGGUUUUGAUAACAAACUACUGGAAAAAAUUAGUAAAACAUACCCUGGGCGGGCAUCAAUGUCUCCAACCAUGGACCUGUUUAUUACUUUGCUCAGUAUGGGAUCCAAGGGUUACCAAGCUCUAGUCAAGCAGAGGAAAGAGCUGUACACCUAUCUACAAACAUCCUUGUUACAGUGUGCCACUAAACAUGGGCAACGACUCCUCAAAAUAACCCACAACCAUAUAUCUAUGGCCAUGACUCUGGCAGUUGAUGGGUUCAGUGCUACCGAUAUAGGCUCCAAGCUGUUUACCCGUUGUGUCUCUGGAACAAGGGUUGUGACUCAGACAGGAAAGAUCAGUGAUAUAAAUGGACAGAAGUUCUGUAAUUUUGGUGCCCACUGUGAUGUGUAUCCCUGCUCCUACCUUACAGCUGCAGCUGGCAUUGGGAUGACAAAAGAAGAUGUUGAUACUUUUAUAUCCAGACUGGACAAAGUGUUAUCCAAGUGUAAAAUGUUGCCAUACAACUCAGACCACAGAACAGUUGUACAUGAAACAAAAGAUAUAUUGUCACAACAGUCUUCCAGUAAUGAAAAAUCAAAAGAUGAAGUGCAGUCUAGUGAGACAUUUUGUGAGGAUGCAAGUCAAACUGUGACGUAGAAGUUACCAAAUUUUAGACUUAAUUAAGAUUUUUUAUUUAAGCAGAUGUGGAAGUAUAGACAUUUCCAGUAAACCAAUAUGAAAUAUAAAAGCAGCUUUUAAAUCUUGCUGAUAAUGACAUUUAGAUAUAGGUAGUACUACAAAUGAUUUUCAUUAAUUAGUGACUUUACUUGAUUUUACGAAUUAAGCAAAUAAGAAAAAUGAAAUAAGAUAACAUUAAUUUUGUAUAAAAUUAGGAGUACCACAAAUUAUUCUUAUUAAUCAGUGUCUUUAAUCAUUUUUAUGCUUUAAGCAAAAAUAUAACAUUUAUAUAAGAUGAAUUUAAAAAUUUUCAAAACAAGCUUCAAGGGGGUGGGGUUGAUUUGCUCAUCUAACCAGAGAAUGUGAUAUGGAUGCAGUGUAUAUACUACACAUGGAGUAAGAUGUAUGUGCCAUAGUUCAGUAGAAGGAAAUCUGUCUCCCCCAAGAGUCAGACAAGCACCUGUAUAUAUACUGAGUAAACAGACUAGCAUGCCUGGUUCAAGUUGCUCAAAGGUUAGUUACAGUUAACCAGUGAUCAGUGGAAAUUCAAAUUGUUGCUACACUGUAAAAGUAUGGACUUGAAAAACAACACUGUCAGUAAGAAAUAUCAAUCUGACCUAUCUCAACAAUUCUAUAACUGUGAAAUCAUUAAGAGUAUUCCCUAUUCGGUUUUUUUUUUUCACUUUUGAAAGUUUUCACUAACCACUUGUUUUCUCUAAUCAAGUUAUAAACAACCAGGGGCUAUAUGGUAAGGCAACACUGGGACGAGGAACAUCUUCUAAAAAUGUUUGAUAUCCACCCCAUGAGAGGGACACUAGUCGAUCCCUUUUUUUUUGUGUGAACCCUGACAUUUGUUGGUGAGAUAUUGCUUAAUAGGAAGAGUCACCAGAAAGAAAACCAGGAACUGAUCAGUUAAAAAUUUGGAUUUAUCCAUGUUAAAACAUGAAGAUUUUGUUUAAUGUUUUGGAUCCAAACUUGAGAACACUCUUGGCUGCGCCUUCCCUACACCACACCACAUUUAUAUCUAAUAUUAGGUAACUGGUGCAUGUUUUUACUGUUUAUACAAGUUGGGGUACAACACAUAAUUUGUGUCUUUAUUGUUAUUUGCUUGCCGUACAUUAUAAUAAUGAUUUAUCUUUGUCUUGUGAUAUGUUGAUGUACGUAUUUGCUGCAAUAUUUUAACUGCUUAAUAAAUAAAUUUCAAUAUUUUCCAAA